AUGAUUCAGGACGAGACACCAUUGACAUCUGCCCAAAUUGAGGGACAAGUAAUGGCGUGUUUCAGUGAAAUGAUGGUGGAAGAAGACAUUCAGUACACCCGUACGCUUCGUGCUAGACAUACUCUUAUUAAAAAGUUGUUAUUCCAGAAGAGGCGCUUGCGGCCGUCGAGAAAUUGGCGAAAUUCUUCUGCUAUCCCAGAGUGCUCGACAUCUGCAAGAGAUAUCUCAUGAAGAUGCAGAAUGCAAUGACCACUAGCGAAAUUGAAGAGGAGCAGGCACGUCCUUUCCGAUCGGUGAAUCAAAAGUGACAACUUUGACUUUACUCAAACUUUUUCAGAGCAUCAAUCUUUGCGGCUUUGACUAUCCAGGAAACACACUAUCUCGCAAGAUGCGGAUGAAGAACUUGAGCGAAGAAGACGUCAUUGCCAUGUUCCGUCAUCUCUGCCUUGUUGCAUUCAAGAAACACUAA